UGAAUAACAAUCACGCAUUUGAUAAUAUAAACUCUAGAACCGCAAACAUUGUCAAUACAAUUGAUAAUACGGUGUACACUUUGAUACGAAAUGAUUCAAAAAUAAUAAUGAGAGGCAUAGCACUGCAACUGUUGAUCAUUAUUUGCUUUCUACAUUUGAGAUCAGAGGCUGGUUCAUGCUAUAAAUAUUUCCGAAGAUCAAAAGAAACAUGCACUGGUUGGUGGUCACGGAGGUGUAGCACAAAAUAUUACAGUUCCAAGGUUUGUUGUGACAACUACAGCGGAGCCACAUGUUCAAUCCCGAAAUGUCGAGGGGGAUAUGGAACAAACACAUGCAAUAUUAACAACGAGGGCUAUGUUAAAUACAAAGAUGGUAAGGUUGUCAGAAACAGUGGUGGAGUCUGCUAUGCACCAUCAAGAUGUAGGAACUGUAAUAAAGGAUAUUAUCCUGUUACCUCUAGCGGUGGAUAUUGCAAAGCGUGUUUCCAGCCACAACACUGUAAUUUACCAGUAUGUGCAUCGUCGAAUAAUUAUCGGUGUGAUUAUUGUGAAGGUGAAUAUAUCAGAGAAAAACCAGGUUAUAACGUUUACACAGGGAAGCCAGAUAGCAAGAAAUGUCAAAAGGCAUGUUCAUGGGUAGAUGGUGCUAGGUGCUUUCCGGGUACUUGCUCGGGAAACAUGAUACUUGGCAGAGAUUGUCAAUGUGCAAUAGGGUUUAGUGGCAAAGAUUGUUCUUCAGCAACAACUGUUCAAGUUCCAACAAUGUUAUCAAUGUACUUAAAGCUUCAUGGUUCUGCAAACAAAGUUAAAAAAGUCGACAAGGCGUUCAAGAAAUCGAUAAUAUGGCUAAAAGAUACCGAUUGGUUAAAUAUUUCCAUACAAGCAUCUUCUUACUACAGGUCCAAUAUUGACAAUUCAAAAAGACCAAAUUAUAUAACUAAAUAUUAUAUUGGUGUUGAAGAACAAAAUAUCGUUUUGACUUUAUUACGAGGUACAGAAUACGGAGAAUGGAACAUAGACGGCGGUUGUACAAAUUUUGAUGAAACUUGUAGCAAAGAAAUAAGAAAUAUAUCGUUAAGUAGUAUUGGUCCUUGGGGGAAUAUUUUAAACAAUGGAGGCUUUAAACACGCCGACAAAAUUAAGUUCAAAGUGUCAGCAAAAAACGGUGGUAAAGUAACAUAUGAGGACAGAAGUAGUUUUACACAGCCAUAUGCACAAAAGCAUUAUUUUCUUAAUGGUGUAGCUACAAACGAAGAACUUGAGCUUCAUUUUGAUGUAUUUCCACCGGUUCACUGCUUUGAACAACAUAAUGACUGUCAGCAGGAUGCAUUAAACGUAACAGAUUUUUUAACUCAGCCCAAAUUUACAGCAUACUGGAAUGGGUGGACUGAUUCGGAUUCUGGUAUAGAAGAAUACGAGUUUAAUAUCUAUUAUUUAGAAAAUUCCCAUGACCAUAAUUUUCUAGAACAUAAACGCCUGCUAUCGACAAACAGAUUUGCACCAUCGGAGUCUAGUGCAACUCUAGACCUAGAAGAGCCCGGUCCAUAUUCAGUAGAGCUUAUUGUACAUGACCGUGCUAAAAAUUAUAAAGUUGCCAGAAGAAUCAUUCUCUAUGACAAUGCGUCAGUUGUUGAUUUAUACGGUAAACAGGCCAGAGUUGUUCAAGUUCAAGAAAACGGGUGGAUAAAUAAACAUACUGAAAAUAUAGAAAUUGUAUGGCAAAAUAGAUUCCGAAAUAUUAGACAUAGCAACGGUGGCUGGCUUAAUGGAGUUAAAGAAACUGAAGAUAUUGUCACAGACCUUGAUGAUAGCAAAGGAAAGUCAGCUAGAACAAUUGACAAACUCAAUAACAUCGAUGGGAUUGUUCGCUUUGAUAUUUCUCGUAAGGUUGAGAUUAAUGGUAUAUCAUAUAGUACCCCUUUCGAACCAGUGCCUGAUUGCUUAUUUAGGCUAGAAAGGAUGGUUUACACCGAUGAAGAAAUUGUUGACGGAAAGAGGCUUACGUAUUUUAUUCGGGGAGUAGACGUUUUUGGAAAAUUUGCUGAGGAUAAUGUAUCAGCUAUGAUUGAUGUUUCUCCAGCACUUAUCCGAAACAUAUCGGUCAGGUUUACUGUAAGUGAUCAAAGCGCGCCCAAAGAAAACGAAUUGAUCAUUGCUUUGAAAGCAUUUGAUUACCACAGUGGCAUGAACAAGGUUUCCUGGAAAAUAUUUAACAAUUCGACAAAAGAUGCAUCUAUCAAUCACGGACAGUCUCAAAAAGAUUUAAUAGGAGAGGUACUUGUAAGGAAAACAAAGACAAUAGAUGAAUGCAAAGACACUGACACUGAGCAUACAGAUGGAACUAAUUGUUACUGCACACCUUAUAACGGAUGUUAUCAUCGCAAUAUUCAAGUCAAAACGGAAUUAUCGAAUGGAAAUAAGGAUGGCCUCAACAAUGGAAGCACACCCGGGAACUUUGAAUACUUCAUAAUGGUUAAUGCUACCAAUAACGCUGGUUUAACAACCUCCAUGCAGAAAAAAGUAACAUUUUAGAAAUAUCUGCCGAUUUCCUAUGUGCUAUAAUGGACAAAAAUUACAGUUAUUAUAUGUCUUAUCUAACCAAGCGUUUUCUGAAUUUAUAAGAAUCUCCUUUUUAAUAACAUCAGGUUUUGAAACCAAAAAACUGACGGUUAAAAAUGAGAAAUAAAACAAUAAAUGUGACAAUAUUUAUACAACCUUUACACUAUGUUCAAAUAUUCAAAAUAGUUUAAGUUUCAUUCCGAAACAGUUUAAAGUUUGUGUCUUAUUGUAUUGCAUAUUGUAUUAUAUAUUUUUGUAUAUCUGCUAUCUUUAUUUGCCAUGCUACUUCAUUUACUCUUAUUUCAAAUUACAUAUAACUGAAGGUUGAAAAUGAGAAAUAAAACAAUAAUUAUUGUGACCUUAAUUUUACAACUCUUACAAUUCCGUUUGAACUAGAAAGAAAUUACGAAAUCAGGAAUCAUUCUGAUAUUCAAACUCUGAAUUUGAUUAUUCAGUCUCCCAUACCAUUCAGUGUGGAACUCUCAAAAUCUAGAUUAAAAAUUACCAUUCUACUCCUGGAGAUUAUCUGAAAAAUGAUUUUGAAAUUAUGAAUGCUAGACAAUUGUGUUUAAAAUGAAUAAAACUAAAUUGGUGUGUUUAUUGAAGCACUGAAUAACUUUUAGUUUUGUCUGAAGCUUUUGGAUUAUGUACAUAAUUAGUCGAAUCAAACGGAAUGACGUGCAGUGUAUUUAGCUUCAUUUCCUAUGUAUAAUAAAAUGGCAUCCGUUAUUAAAUGACAGUCACUUUUAGCUACUCCUUUCAGACAUUUCUUGUUAAAAGAACAUUUCUCUUUGGCAUAGAAAAUCAUAAAUAAGAAACUCAUUCUGUCUAUUUUUAUUUCUAUAUAUGCAUAUGCUUGAAUAAACUAUACUCAUAAGA